AUCCGGUGGGAAAGAAAGAAAGAAUUGCGGGCAGCGCUUCCGAAAGGGGAGAGAAAGUGGGGGAAGACGCCGGGUGGAGGCGGAGCGGCUGGUUGUGCGUUUCUCCGUCCUGGUCGUUGCUUUAGCUUCCGGCAUGAGGGCGGGGGUCUGGGGUGGUCGCUAUGGCAACAGCGCGCCCUGCCACUAAUCUCCCAGGCCCGACGCGCGUCCUUCGACAGCCUCUUUCUCUGCUCCUGCUCUGCUUUCCUUCUGUCCGUUUUUAAGGCUUGGCCUCGUAGCGGAGUGACUGAAAGAGAAAGGAACGGGCAGGGGCUGCCCGAGUGAGCGGCGAGCGGGGGAGUCUCAGUUCUAACCUCUCCUGCCCUGAGACAGGCGGUCCGGCCUGACAGAGCUUGAAGGUUCUUGAAGAUUGGAUUAUCUGAGUCAGUUAUGUAAGGAGCAUAAUGAUGGAUGAAUAUGAAACUACUGACUGUAUGAAGAUGGAUGCCGGGGACUAUAUGCAAGCUAAUCAUACUUCUGUAUUCAAGACUUUUCCCGAGCAACAGAACGUUGUUUCAGGAGACCAGCAUCCACUGUCUGACAACAAGUUUUUAUCAAGCAAAUUUAACAGCUUGGAGGGACCUUCUACUUGUGUAACAGGAAAUACUUCUUGUAGUUUCAAUUACUAUUCAGAAUUCCCAUGCUUUGAGAGCUGCCAAACAGGAGUAAGAAGGACAUUUGGAACAAGUGCCAAUGGUCAGUGGAAGAGUUGCAGCUCCGUUCUUGGCUCUGUUUCACAGAAGCCUAGAGUAAGUCGCAGUGUAUAUUUUGAAACACGCAAAAAUCCAAGUGUGACUGCAAAUUCCUUUGUAGGAAAAUCAAACCACCAUUGUCACAUUUCUGCCUAUGAAAAAUCCUUUCCAAUUAAGUCUGUUACUAGUCCAUCAUGGAGUGCUUCAUGUCGUCGGAGCUUACUCAGUCCCAAGAAAUCUCAAAGAAGGUUCAUCAGCACUGCAGAAGAGACAGUUCGGGAAGAAGAGAAAGAAAUAUACAGGCAGCUGAUUCAAAUGGUUACAGGGAAAAAUCUGUCAGCUUCCAAGGCCUCUUCAUUAUUGUCUCUUCACCUGCCCAGGUUUGCAGGUUCCAAUAAAAAAACUGUGAAAGAAACUGAAAACAAAUGUAUGAAACCUUUUGAUGUUUGUGGCCCCUCUCUGGGCAACCAGUCAUCCAGUCUUCUCAGGAUACAGGAGCAGCAUUCUCACAAACCACAGCCACAACCAGUUUGUAGUUUCACUUCCCAUGUUAACUUUGACCCCAAGGAGACUAGCACACCCAUACAGCAAACUAAUCUACCAGCAUUGGAUGUCCAGACCAAAGGAUCUGAUUCAGUCAUAAUGUUAAAUGGCAAAGACUUCAGCUCUCCAGCUCCAAGUACACCUUUCUUUGAGGCUGAACUGUGGAUAAAAGAAUUAACCAGUGUAUAUGACUCCCGAGCCCGUGAGAGAUUGCGACAUAUAGAGGAGCAGAAAGCCUUGGCACUGCAGUUGCAGAAUCAGAGGCUGCAGAAACAGGAGACCUCAGCACCUGAGUCAAUAAACUUACACCUUCGAGUUCCUCUUGAAAAGGAAAUUCCUGUCACAACUGUUCCAGAAGACAGUAAGGCAGUGGAUAGUGAAGAUGAAUUUCCUGAAAUUACAGAGGAAAUGGAGAAAGAAAUAAAAAAUGUGUUACGAAGUGGAAACCAGGAUGAAGUGUUGAGUGAAGCCUUCCGAUUAACCAUCACUCGGAAAGACAUUCAGACUCUUAAGCAUCUCAACUGGCUCAAUGAUGAGAUAAUUAACUUCUACAUGAAUAUGCUGAUGGAGAGGAGUAAACAAAAAGGCUUUCCAACCGUUCAUGCAUUUAACACAUUUUUCUUCACCAAGUUAAAAACUGCUGGGUAUCCAGCCGUGAAACGUUGGACUAAAAAAGUUGAUAUAUUUUCUGCGGACAUUCUCUUGGUUCCUAUUCACCUUGGUGUCCAUUGGUGCCUAGCAGUUACUGACUUCAGGAAAAAAACCAUCACCUACUACGAUUCAAUGGGUGGAGCUAACAGUGAAGCUUGCAAGAUACUCUUGCAGUACUUAAAGCAGGAAAGCCUUGAUAAAAAGCGCAAGGAAUUUGAUACCAAUGGAUGGAUGCUCCUGUGUAAAAGAAGCCAGGAGAUCCCCCAACAAAUGAAUGGCAGUGAUUGUGGGAUGUUUGCCUGUAAAUAUGCUGACUGCAUUACCAAAGACAAACCAAUCAACUUCACUCAACAACACAUGCCUUACUUCCGGAAACGAAUGGUCUGGGAGAUCCUCCACCGUAAACUGCUGUGAUUUCAUGCCAAGUAAGACACUUCAGAGACUGAAAACCCCAGCUUUACUCUUCUUGGCCAUCUCCAAGUGGACUGCAUGGGUUUCUCCACUGACAAGACUCUGUACAUUGCAUUUGGUAUCUUUAAAAAGAAAAAUCUAUUUCUUGGACCAGUGUGCCGUACAGCCUUUUCGAAGCACACACUUUUUUUUUAUAUUUUGAAACCCUGUUUUUUACAAGGGACAUUUGGAGAUUCAGGGAAGUGCAGCUUUUUUUUUUUCUUUAAAGGGAUUUCUGCCUUUCUCAAAAUGGCCAGCUUCUGCGAAGAACUUGAGACCUGCCAGUGUUCAGCUGCUAGGGCCUUGGGUUCAGGGAAGCACUUGGAACCUUUUUUCGGAACUGUCAGGACCUAGAGAAGGAUUGACGUCAUAGCACUAAGUAAAUAUGGGUUCUCCACCUCACAAUUGCUGCAGCUAAUUAUUUGAUGUAAAACAUGCAGGGUUAUGUGUCUUGGGAAACCUACUUGGCCCAGGCUUUCCAGACAUAUGCAUGUUUGUCUGUUUUCUACUUCCUAUAACCUGCUGUUAAUAACCAGAUGAUUCCCACAGCAGUUGUAACAACUUAGACUCCCUUUUGCUCUUAAACUAUUAGAGAGAAAUGGAAUUCCUUGAGAAUGAAAGGAUAAUAGAUACCAGCACAUGAAAAGUAACCACUUGCUGUACUUUACACCAUGGCAAUGACCCCUUCAGUUCUGUAGUAGGGCUGCCCAGUGGAAAAUGAACAAUCCUUUACUGAUGCUUUUAUUUUGGCAUUCAGUGUUUAUUUUGUCACAGCGAAUGAGUCAUUAACCAUCCUCUGACUACAUAUUCAGGACUAGCCGUUUAUCCUAAAGGAAAGCGAGGCAUUUGUGGGCAGAGGCAUUCCGCCCUGGGUGCCCUUAUUCUUCACUGCCUCCCUUAAACCUGCUGUGGUGGGUUUUGAACCUGAGAAAGAAAAGUUAGACACCUUUGUGGCCUAGAUCACUGCAUUCAGAUGACUGGGAUUAUCCCCUUUGAAAGCCAGCAUUUUUUUCUUAACCAUAUUCUUGCUAUGUGAUCAGAAACUGAAUUUCAUAAAAAACUAAAAUUUUGAAGAGUUGGUGCAUUACAUUCUCAAUAAAAAUAAGAUUUAUAGCAAACUAAGCGGUAAUGUCAGUGGAUGUUCGUUUGACAGAGGAUGGAAUAGUUGAUCUUUCAGCUCUUUGUAGAAUUAAGGUACAAUAUAACUUGUUUUAAAACUUUAAUUAUUAGUAAGCAGUUUUAUACUAUAAAUAUAUAAAUAUAUAUAUAUAUAUAUAUUUAUAUGCCUUUCCCAGUAAUCACCAAUGAACAAAUAUGUGAGUUUUGCGGCUUUUUUUCUGUACGUUUGUUUUUUAAAAAGCUGUAUUGAAAAGUUGCUUUAUUCACUCAUAUGCCCCUCCCUCCUCUGUUUCUCAACAGCAAUUAAUGAGUUGUAGAACGCCCUAAAGAGAGUUUUCUUCCUCAGUCCUAUUUUUAUGCAGCUACCAGCAGAUGCUUCGGACUACAACUUCCAUCAGCCCCAUCUGAUCUAGUUAAUGGAAGCUGUAGUCAAAUAUACAUGGGCACUAGAUUGGGGGAGGCUGAUGUUGAAUCUCUCCGGCUUUUGUAUGUAACCAGUAAGAGAUCCUGCUGGCAUAGGCUUUAACUAUGGAGAAGCAGGUUUUUCAGAGAGCCUAUGACACCCCAUGUAUCACUGAUGAGUUCACAGUUUCUUUUGUCCAGUAUGAGAGGAUGCUACCUUCUCAGGUCAUACUGAAGACUUUCUUCAGUCCUCCACAAACAAUUUCUGUCUAGCCAAUCUUGCAUUUGUUUCAGUGGAAUCCAUAUUUAAAUGGAAGUUGUAUAGCAGCUAGAUUGGUCUCUGUAUCUGCUGUCAGCCAACAGAAAUGGAAUGCAGCCAGGAUUCAGGCCCAAAAGCUUGGACUUAAGUUCACAUGUCACAUAUACCUCUUGAUGUAUCUUUUUUUUUUUAUACUUCUAAAGGAUUAAAGUAAAUGCCCUCUUGUGUUUUUGCCAUCAAACAGGGAACAUUUUAUAUAUUCUGUAUGUGUAAACAAUAGUUUUGUACAAAUUUCCCAUUACCUUUCCCUAAUAUGUGCUCUUCCUAGACAAGUUUGUACCUUUUUUGAUGUCUCUCUGUGUUUUUUAUACCAGUCUCGGGUCACCUUUUUUCUAUGUUUUUCUGCAAGUAAUUUUAUUUUGUAAUGUGUUAUUCUUAAAUAAACGCAGCCAUUUAAAAA